AUGCUUUUUUUGCGACGUUUUCCUGUUGCUUCGCUAUUGAUUUUUUGUCGACCGUAUGGAAGUUCAGUUACUUCCACGUCAUCCGUUGGAAUCAUUGAUUUGAUUUUUUCUGAACAUCAAUACAUGCGUGACGAAUAUGAACAAUUGAAAACAAUCGAAAAUACAAAGGAACUUGAUUCACGUGCUCGUCAAUGGAUUGCUUAUAUUGCACUUCAUGGUCAUAAGGAAGAAAUUGCGUUCUAUCCCAAGGUUGAAAAAUAUUUAAAAGAUGAACAAAAAGGUGGACAUCACUUGAUCGAACACGGUAUUAAAGAGCAUCGUCAACUUGAAAAGGAAUUGAAAAAAUUAGCUGAACAGUCAACAGUGACAUGGAAACAAAUACAUAAAUCAGCUGAUAAACUAAUGCAUCAUUUGAAGGAAGAAGAAAACGAUAUUCUUGAACCACUUCGAUCGAAACUCGAUGACAAAUUUCAACUCGUACUUGCUCAACAAUUCAACGACGCAGGCCGAUUAGCAUCCGACAAACCUCAUCCAGAAUUAUCUCGAAAACCUGAAAAAGCGCCCCAAGAUAAUAUCGACGUUGGACUUGCUGAAAAACAAAAAGACCUUUAA